AUGGCUGCACCGCAAAAACCAGAGACUUUUAUGCUGAGCACAGAAGCUCAACAAGCACUGCCACACGAUGCACAGGUUGCUCUGCAACAGGUUGAUAAUUUGAAAUACUUUCUCAUCUCUGCACCCGUCGACUGGCAACCAGAUCAGUACAUCCGACGAUUUCUGCUGCCCACUGGCGAGUACGUCUCAUGUGUGCUGUGGAACAACCUCUUCCACAUCUCCGGAACCGACAUCGUACGAUGCCUGUCCUUCAGAUUUCAGGCCUUCGGCCGCCCUGUCAAGAACUCAAAGAAGUUCGAGGAGGGCAUCUUCUCCGAUCUCCGGAACCUGAAGUCCGGCACCGACGCGUCCUUGGAGGAGCCCAAGAGCCCCUUCCUCGACUUCUUGUACAAGAACAACUGCAUCCGAACGCAGAAGAAGCAGAAGGUUUUCUACUGGUACAGCGUCCCUCAUGACCGCCUCUUCCUCGAUGCUUUGGAGAGAGACCUCAAGAGGGAGAAGAUGGGACAGGAGGCUACCACUGUCGCCGUCAGCGAGCCCGCCCUGUCCUUCCAGUACGACUCGUCCCAGUCGCUGUACGAGCAGCUCACCAAGGCCCAGCAAGCCAACUCCUCGUCCUUCAACGCCCAGCAGACUUUCCCCCCUUCGCAAUCCACUUCGCCAGUCAUGCGCGCCGUCGAUGCCAUGCCACCACCUCAGAUGAUGCCUCAGACUAUGGCCCCUCUGUCUGACGGAAUGGAGGCAAUGGUCCCGUACGGAGCCAUGUCGAUGGCACCCCAAAUGCCCCCGACCAUGGUCAAGAGGGAGCCUGACUACAACCGAGUCCAGUACAACCAAAAUGGUGUCCCAAUCACUCAGGGCCACCAACGCCACGCAUCGAUGCCCGCGUACGGACUGGAGUACUCGCCCGCACCUUCGUUCGUCUCGUCGCAGUAUGAGGACUACAGCAACCGUGGCAUCUCAUUCGAACCCAUUACGCCACCUCAGCAGGCUUUGGGCAUGUCUGCUGAGCCCGCAUACAUCGCAAACGAGGAGACCGGGCUCUACACUGCCAUUCCUGACCACAUGAACGGUGUCAAUGGCCUGAACGGCAUGAUCCAGCUGCCCCCAUCAAAUCUGGCAGGGACCCAGUUCUCCCGUGGGUACGGCGCCAACAACGUCUACUCCGUGAUUGAGGGAUCGCCGACGUACAAACAGCGAAGGCGGCGCUCAUCCAUUCCCCCGGGAAUGUCCGCCGUCGCUGCCGCCACUGCAACGGCUGCUGCCCAAGCCCAGCACCGUCCUUCGGAUCUCCGACGAUCUGUCUCUGCCUCGGUCGGGCCCGUCGCUGAGGGUGACGAGUCGCUUGGCAACUCCCCACCAGGGUUGACCUACAGCAACGUCUCCAUGUCGAGCCAGCAGCACAAGGAGAUGCUUGAGCUUUCUCGCCACGGCACUCCCCUCUCCACGGUUGAGGGCAGCCCCGCCAUGAACCCAAUGUCGCUUCAGCAAGAGUACCACCAGAUGCCUCACGAUGACAUGGUCAACGGCCACAUGGAGGAGCAGCGCCGAAUGAUGCAAGGCCAGAACGGUGUUAUGCGUCGUGCCCGCUCUGCGACCGUCAUGGAGCUUGGUCCAUACCCCCAGAAGUCUCACUCCUGCCCCAUUCCUACCUGCGGUCGUCUCUUCAAGCGUUUAGAGCACCUGAAGCGACACAAGAGAACGCAUGACCGCGGUGAUGGUGCGGACGGUCUGAACCUCUCCGGAGAGGACGAGGAGGAGUACUCUGGUGAGGACCACAUGGGCUCACUCGGAGAUGCCUCGCCCAACUCGGAAUCCGGCUACAUCACGGCGUCGCUCAACUCUGUUGCCAACGGCACGCCGCCGACCUCGAACGGAAACUACGGGCCCUCGACCUCGAUGCCCAGCACGCAAUCUGGUUUCCACAGCCUCCAAACGCUGAGCCUGCCGAUGACCAUCAGCCAACCCCAUACGGCUGUCAUGAUGUAA